GAUCGGACCCGCAGAAGAUGUGUUCUCGGCGGGCAGGAUGCCAUGUGGAUGCGGGCUUCUGUCCUGCAGGAUGCGGGUUACUUUGCAGACUCGGAGCCGCUGAUUAGCACCGCGACAGGCCGGGGAGGGAGCCCUAAACAGAGGGGAGACUCCUCUUCUCCGGGGAGGGAGCCCUAAACAGAUGGGAGACUGAUGCCUACACUUUGGUUCCUCUUCUCGGAGUCUGGAUGUGCGAGACAGCCGCUCUCCUCCGCGGCCCCCAGACUGCAUCUCUGUCCCCGGGCCCCAGUGCUCUGUCUCCCCGCCGCUGGUUUCAGCAUCUGGCCCCGGACCAGGUUAAAGUCAGGAGGGGAGAUUUCAAGAACAAGACGCUGUCCGCUGUCGCAGUGUGUUUUUAAUUUAUUUUUACUCUGUGAAAAAUACAUAAAAUAAAAAUGCUAGGCUACUGAUACAUGUAAAGUAGUUUUUCAGCGGGGUUGGCUGGUGUUUUGUAGCCGAUGUCUCUGGUUUCAUCCUCCGUCUUUUGUCCUCAUGUUUUCUCCCGGAGUUCCUCCCCCCGCGGCGCUGGGCGGGGUUUCAUACCGGACUAGACGCUCCUUUUGUCGGAUCCGUUUCGAGCUGACUCCCCGGGGUUUACGGCUGAAAAAAACACACUUUGAAAGUCCCGAAAUAAUCCAAACGACCACAGUGGUGUGCAGUAUUAAAUCGGGUUUCUGUCUCAAUCUGCAGAGGAGUGAGGCAGCGGAGUCCUCUCCGUCACUCGCUGCAUGAUGAACGGCAGCAGCAGCGUCUCUGCGGCUCAGAGCGCCAGGAUCAAGAGUGAACCAGAUGAUUGGACGAAGGAGGACUGUCUGAUGCUGCUGGAGAGGAUCCGGACUCUGCUGCCCGACACCGACGCCAUGAAGUACAAAACCACCGAGUCGCACUUCGACUGGGACAAAGUCGGCUUCGGCAGCUUCACCGGAGAAAUGUGCCGCCAGAAAUGGCAGAAAGUCUCCUCUGACGUCCGUAAGUACAGAACGAUGACGGAGCUCAUCGUUGAUGCCACUGAGUUUGUGAAGAAUCCGUACAAAGGCAAGAAACUGAAGACUCAUCCAGACUUCCCUAAAAAACCUCUGACUCCGUACUUCCGCUUCUUCAUGGAGAAGAGAGCCAAAUACGCCAAAAUCCACCCAGAGAUGAGCAACCUGGACCUGACCAAGAUCCUGUCCAAGAAGUACAAGGAGCUGCCUGACAAGAAGAAGCAAAAGUACAUCACAGAGUUCCAGCGGGAGAAAGAAGAGUUUGAGAAGAACAUGGCUCGAUUCAAGGAGGACCAUCCGGAGCUGAUAGAAGAGAGGAAGAAGUCUGACCUGCCAGAGAAACCUAAAACCCCCCAACAGCUGUGGUACAACCACGAGAAGAAGACCUACAUGAAGAUCCACCCUGAUGUGAGCCAGAAGGAGCUGAAGGAGGCUCUGAGGAGACAGUGGUCCCAGCUCUCAGACAAGAGGAGACUCAAAUGGAUCAGCAAAGCUCUGGAGCUGCAGAAAGACUACGAGGGCAGUAUGAGAGCGUACCAUGAGGCCCAUCCUGAUGUGUCCUCUGAUGACCCGGUCCGGUCGGUCCUCACUAAAGCAGAAAGACAGCUGAAGGACAAGUUUGAUGGACGACCAACCAAACCCCCACCUAAUGGGUACUCCCUGUACUGCGCUGAGCUGAUGGUGAACAUGAAGGACGUCCCGAGUACUGAGCGGAUGGUACUCUGCAGUAAACAGUGGAAGAUGAUGACGCAGAAAGAGAAGGACAUGUUCCAGAAACGCUGCGAGCAGAGGAAGAAGCAGUACGACAUCGACCUGCAGAGGUUUCUGGAGAGUCUCCCCGACGAGGAACGAGGCCGGGUCAUGGGCGAGGAGAAACUGGGCGGGGCCAAGCUGGGGGCCAGCCCCCACAGAGCCAAGUCUCCUUCUGUCAAGGUGUAUGUUUCCCGUCCAUCCCAGGAGCGGUGUCGGGAGGCGGAGCCAGAGACGUGGACGCCCGCCGGACAGCCCAAAGACAGACGGGACGGGAAGAAGGCGGCGAAGCUCCCGGAGACGCCGAAAACAGCCGAGGAGAUGUGGCAACACAGCGUGAUGGGAGACUACCUGGCCAAAUACAGAAGCGACCGCAGGAAGGCCCAGGCAGCGAUGGAGGCGGCCUGGAAGUCGAUGGAGAAGAAGGAGAAGAUCCCCUGGAUCAAGAAGGCAGCGGAGGACCAGAAACGUUACGAGGUUCAGUACCAACCCGUGAGGGAGCUGCUGGAGAUGAGGGCCCCCCCCACCACUCAGAGCCAGAGGAAACCCAAAUUUGAUGGAGAACCAAAGAAACCUCCAGUGAGCGGCUACCAGAUGUUCUCCCAGGAGCUGCUGACCAAUGGCGAGCUGAACCACUUCAGCCUGAAGGAGCGCAUGGUGGAGAUCGGGAAACGCUGGCACAAACUGAGCCAGACGCAGAAAGACAAGUACAAGAAGAUGGUGGAGGAGCAGCAGGGGGAGUACAAGGUGGAGCUGGAGGGCUGGGUCAAGUCUCUGUCUCCUCAGGACCGAGCCAGCUAUAAAGAGUUCUCCUCCUCGAAGCGACGCAGCACCACUAAGGUGCGCGGUGCUCCUGGAGCUAAAGUCCGUGUGACGGCGAAGGGUAAGGCGGCCGGAUCUAGAGCAGCUACACAGACGGUCGGAGUCACCAAGAGAGCUAUGGCAUACAGAGCUAAGGACUUGUCCGACUCAGAUGAGGAGAAGAGCGAAUCGUCCGACUCUGACGAAGAUGACGAGACGUCGGGAAGCUCAGACAGCGAGGACGACGACGAUGAUGAGAAUGAUGAUGAAGAUGACGAUGAAGAUCAGAGCUCCUCGGAGGAAUCCAGUGACUCGGACUCGGACUAGCUCCGCCCCCUCCCCCUCAUUGGAGAGGACAGGCUGUGCAGGCCACGCCUCCUCCCAUGCCGACCAAUGAGAGCGGGCGACGCUGUGACGGAGCGUUUUGUUACUCGUGUGUUUCUGUUUUUAUCGAGGGUUUGUUGGUUUUUAUCUGACAGCGUUUCAGUUGGGUUUUUGAGCCGGGGGGGCGGGGCUUGUACAGAGUUUGACAGGCAGGGGGAGGGGCGGAGCCUAUUGGAUGUUUGUUACCGCUGAGGGAGGAGCCAAGUGUUCAGCCUCCAAUCAGCUGCCUGCCUGAGAAAAUCAUUAACAAAUAAAUGCACUUUUUCUCA